GAGAGUAACACUGGAGAGCAGCAGUGGUCCAGCCCCUCAGAAUCUGAAAAGCAUCACAGGAGCCUCUGGAUAAAGACCAGCUUCAGGAGCAAGGCUAGGAGACAGAGGAUUUCUGCUCAGUCAUAAAACAUGAAACAGAUGUGAGGAAGCAGUAUGGAGCUCAAGAGAGGAAAGACCUUCAUAAAAUCCAGUGUACAACAUGAGAAAGUGCCACCAGUGCAUACAGCUCCUACCAACAAAGAUGAGAUGGGAAAAGACAAAAAGGCAGCUCUGGAGGGAAACCAAAGUGUGGCUGAAGUCCAGCUGGCCUGUCUGGCCACACACAAGAACUACAGAUGUUCUACAAGAGCAGCAAGGAGUGGAGCUGGUGGUCACAACCUGGAAAAAUCAUCUGGCUCCUCCUACAAGCUCGUAAGGAAGAGUAAAACCCAUGACUGCGUUGCUGAGGCACACAAAGCAGAGCAGUGCAGCCCCAGCAGCAGGGCUUGCGAGGAGGGUUUGUCUGGAAAGGGCAAGGGCCGACUUGUCAAUAGCAUCAGCUUUUCAGGGAUGUCCAGCUCCAGCAGUAAGAAGGAGUGUGUGGUCAGCCCCAGCCAGUCUGCAUGCAGCAGUCAGAUGAUUGAUUACAGGAACUUUGUGCCACAGAUGCCUUUUGUACCAGCUGUCGCAAAAACCAUUCCCAGGAAGAGGAUUUCUCUCAAGAGAUCUAAGAAAGGGCUCAGAGAUAUAUUUCAUAUAAGAAAAAAUAAACCAGACAGCUUCUCAUUUCUGGUGGAGAAGGACAAGAACCUGUCCUCUCCAGGCUGCAAGAGUGAGCUGUCUGCACGUCUUGCAAAGUAUCUUUUCAAAACUGGGGAAACUUGUGCAGCUGAUUGCUUGUCACAGGACUGCUCAGACAGUGAACUGCAGUCUGACUCCUCCUACGACUACUGCAAUGCCCUGUGUGAAGAUGUUGCCUCCCUGAAGAGCUUUGACUCCCUCACUGGCUGUGGGGAAAUCUUUGCUGAUGAGAGCUCUGCUCACCUGGAGCUGGAGAGCAGCAAAGACCUUCUCCUGAGGAGAAGCAAGCACAAAGACAGCCCUGCCAUGGGCUCCUUCCAAGGUGGGGUGGAGCAGCUGGCUUCUCCUGGCCAGAAUGAGACAGUGGAAUUUGCAAAGUUUUGGGACAACAUCAACAAAUCAGUGAGGCUGCACCAGAGUGCUCUGUUUGAAAAGAAGUUGCUGAAGAUGUCUGGUUCUGACACAGAAAAGGAUAGAAGUCAGGCUGCUGUACUGGUGACAGACACCCAAGUGUCACCUGAUAAAGAAGGUGACAAUUCCAAAGACAGCUCCACAGAAACAGAAACACCCAAAAGUGAAAACCAGGAAUCCACAUCCACAAGUGAUGAAGGCUACUAUGAUUCUUUCUCUCCUGGACAAGAUGAUGAACUGAAGGAAGCUCAGACCCCUGGUGUCCCAGGGAGAUUUCCAAGAGACAGCUACAGUGGAGAUGCCCUUUAUGAGCUCUUCUAUGACCCAAAUGAAGUCAAAGUAAACCCUGUCCUUGAUGAUGACUUGUGUGCCUCUGAAAGUGUUUCAGAGCAAGCCAUUGAAAUCCCUUUGUCCAUUUACAGCUUUCAUGUUGGAGCUGAGGAGAACAUGGCUUCCCAACCAACUCUAGACAUCAUUAGCCAGGGAUUUUUCCACAGCACAUGGAAAGGCAAAGAAUGUUUGCUAAAGCUCUGUGAUACUGAGCUUUCACUGACCAUGGGCAUAAUAAACUGGCUACGGAAACACUCGGGACUCAUCUCCUCCCCUGACUCUCUUCAGAGCCCUCAGUCACAGCGAGAAAAGUCUCAUGGUUCAUUGAUCCCCAGUCACAGUCCAGAGCAGAAAGGCAGCACAGAAGUUCAGCAGGAGACACCAGGCAAGGGUGAAUCUAAUACAUUUAACAUAUGUGUGCCUUCGGAGGAAAGCAAACACACAGCCCAGGCCUCUUCAGUAAACAUUGAUGGAAGAGAGCACAGCCUGGGCUCCUCCCUGAACACAUCUGAUCUGGAUUUCCAAGGAACAGAAGGGAGUCACCACAAGGACUUACCUACAGUGCCUGGGACCGUGGAAAACACAAGUUAUGCAGCGCAAUUGCAGGCUGACAGAGACAAUCUGCAGACAUCCUCAAAUGACAAUGAGAAGGUAGCAAUUUCACUGGGAUGUGAGACAUCCAGAGGUAAAAACCCACUGCCAGAAGAGCUGAACAGAGAGACUGGCUCCCAGAGCUCUGAAAAUCCUUCCUUAGAUGAUAAUCACGAAGUAGAAUCAUGUUACUCCUACAAGACUGCUGCGACCUCACUCCGAGAUCCCCUCGAGGGGGAGGACAGAACUAAACCAAUGUAUCACUCUCUCUCCAUUUCCUGUGACAAACCACUGCAGCCUCUGACCCUCAAUCACUUCCAGAGCUACAUGAGCCCCACACCAACAGACAGCAGCACUAACAUAGUGCAGCUCUUAGAGCACUGUGUAACACAGGUGGCAUCAUUAAAAAUCAGCUAUGAAAACAAGCACCUGGAAGACAAAUACAUCGGGAAUGAAAUGAACAGUAUCAUUCAUAAGAUGUCUCAGUACAAAAACAAGUUAUUGUUACAGAAUGAAUGCAGCUGCAUCGCUCAAAUUCCAGAAUUUCCCAGUAUUCCUAGUACAAACCAAUACGAGACAAAUUUCCAAUCUAGCAGUCUGUAUCAUUUGAAGAAAAACGGGGAGCAAAAUUGCUCUGAAGAUCAGAAAAGUAGAGCAAAAAUCCUAGAUGAGGUUACUCAAAGCAAGAUAAAUUUUGAAUAUGCCCAGCUGAAUAAUCAAGCCCUCUCAUAUUUAAAGGACUUUGGUCUCAGUCCAAGUGACUCUGGCCCUGAGACAUCUCUUAGUAGACCAACAUUUUUGCCUCUCUUUAACUCUGUCUGCCCAGACCUCGGUGGUGCCUUCUCCCAGGGCUCACAGAGCACGGCUGUCUGUCUGUCUGAGUCUCUGCAGCCUGAGGAGGCCAAGCAGUGCAGCCCAGGGUCCUGGCAGUGUGCAGAGAGCCCCUGCCAUGGCCUGGCUGCAGGGACUGCUCUGAGCCCUCUCCUAGAGGCAGUGCUGCGGGAUACGGCGGUGCCAGCCAGGGACCACCAGUGACACACCUGCAUGGAGAAGGUGCAACACUGAAGAAUCCAUUUGUAGAUAUGGAUGCACCCUCAAAACACAGCAUAGCAUGACAGCUCCAUGACGUUGUACCAAGACCAGAAUCAACAAGGAUUUCUCUCUGGAGAUCUGACCAGAAGUGCUGCAGUAGAAAAUAAUGCCAGUCUGUUGGAAUGACAGGCACAAUUAGGAGUUCUGGACAACCACACACCCCUGAAGCCAUAGUUGCAGAUGGCUGGUAACUAAAACUCUUUUUUAAAAACAAACCAAAUCCAAGUUCAGUAGGAUUUUGAAAAAAUUCAUUCCAUGAUAAGGUUUAAGAAAAAAAUGAUAGUAUAUAUGUCAUAUUGUGCCACACAACAAUUGAAAAAAUCCCUAUAUUUUUAAAACACAGGCACGUGCAGAAUGAGCUUUCAUAUGGGAAGCUGUUAUGAAGAGGUAAAAUUGCUUUCUGUUGUACUAAUUUUUCUUUAAUUUUAGAGAAAAGCUUUAUAUAUUUUAUGUCAACCAAGCCACCAGGUUCUAGACUGCAGAUUACACUGGUAUGGUAAGAUUUACUGCCUUGGAAAAGGUAUUUUUUAAACAAACAAAAAUAUAAGGAAGCAGAAUAUAGUAUGCCCUAUAUUGUCCAAAGACACGUGUUUAUCACAGCAGAAAGUGUGAAUAGAAUAAUGAGUUCUAUGUAAAAAUCACCAUCAAAAAUAUAAAUUAUUUGAUUCCAUUUUAAAUGAGAGAAAACAUGUUUUUAAUAUCCAUGAUAACAGCUGUGUUUAACCUCAUAUAGAGUCUUCCUUUUCUAAUUGAAUAGUUCUCAAAGUACUAGAUAAGAGACACUGUUAAGCCAGUUUUCAGUUUCUUGUGGCAUUCUUGGAGUUUAACAGAACAGUCAUUUUCAUACCUCAGUUCAAAUCUGGUCUUGGCUCUCAUAUUUUGAGAAUAAAUUGAAAAAAAAACAACUAUGCUUUGUAGAUGAAACCUGAUGAUUAAAUGUUCCCCUGUGGCCAUAUGGUGUGCUUGUAGAGAUCUUUACAGCCUCCUGCACUGGACAGUAUUUAGGGGCAUUAUCUUUGCCCUGAGAUUUGUUGUCAUGGGGAAAUGAGGAAAAAGGACAUGAGGCUGGAAACUGCAGCUAGGGAAAAAUACCUUAGAUUAGAUGCCUGAAUUUUGAUAUCAAAAGUUAAUUUCUACCUUUGAUCAUUAAUAAUGUAAAGAAUAUAUAACCACAGUAUUUAAGAGAUGUUUGCAUUUUGCAGAAUCUGGCUUUUAAAACACAUGAUGUAGCAGGACUAUGAAGCUAUAAAGUGAAAUUACAUCCCCUAGCUACGGAGCUUUCUCAGUAUUACCUGACACUUACGAAGAGGAGAGCUUCUCUCUCCAGCACCCCAAGACUCCCAAAUUAACUUUGAGAAUGCAGUCAUUUUACCACAAGUAUCUCCUGAAAAUACAGAUUAUAAGCAUUUAAGACCCUCUUUCAUGGCACACAACAGUAUUUCUGAAGAUAGCUUCAAAGUUGCCAUUUAACCUACAAAACACCAAUGAGUUUGUCAUACAGGCAUUUUUCCCUAAAACACUAAGUGACACAUCAGAAUUGAGCUAACCAAAUAAUAAUAAACAUAGGGCUAAAUAUUCCAGCAACAGACAAUCUGUACAAAAACUAGUUGUUCCUCACACAAGUGAUUCCUUUCCUUUUGCAAUUACCACAGUAGCCUCCUUCACCGCCUUCAGCUCACCAGCAUCUCUUGUAAUAAAGAGCCCAGAACCUCGAGGGAACACAGGCAGAAUUUCUCAUCCUUGUAGCACACUCAUCCCUGGAUUUUAGGUUGAAUAACUGACUUCAUGGAGGACAACAAAGAAAGAAAGAAAAAUGUCAUCUUGCCUCCACAUAGCAAAGGAGGCAGUGUUUCAAAGGAGACUGUUAUUUAUCCCACACUACAGGCACAGAGCAACAAACGAUUUGCCUGACUUUAUUUACCUCCCAAACUGGUGUCUUUCUCCUGCUGUUGCUGCUCUUCUCUCUCUAAGCCCAGCUCAUGUGUAACAGCUAGCCACUCCCUGCUGCUGUCUGCACACCAGAGGGAACAGACACAGACAAGACAGAUGGACUUUUGCUGCUCUUACCCAUGUCCAGCAUUGACAUCAAUAGCCUGUCCAGGUCCCUCUGGAUGGCAUCCCUUCCAUCCAGCAUGCUGACUGCUCCACGUUUCUUGGUGUCACCAGCAAACUUGUUGGGGUGCGCUUGGUCCCACUGUCCACAUUAAACAGGGGCAGUCCCAAAGCCCUGUAGGAAUGUCACUUGUCACUCUCCAACUGGACAUCAAGCUGUUGACCACAACACUUUGAGUGUGACCAUCCAGCUCCUUCCUUAUCCACUGAGUGGUCCCUCCACUCUCUGGGAGUCCAAGGAUGUCACGUGGGACAGUGUCAAAUGCUUUGCACAGAUCCAUGUACAUGUGAGUUGCUGUCCCCUUGUCCAUUAAUGCUGUAACACCACCAAACUUUCCAGGCAUUAUUUGCCCUCAGUGAAGGCAUGUUGGCUGUCCCAAUCACUUCCAUGUUUUCCAUGUGCCUUAGCACAGUUUCCACAAGGAUCUGUGCCCAUGACCUUGCUGGGCACAGAGGUGAGACCGAUUGGUCUGUAGUUCUCCAGGUCUUCCUUUUUUCCCUUUUUAGGGAUGGGGGUUGUGUUUCCCCUUUUCCAGUCAUUGGGAAUUUCACUGGACUGCUGUGACUGCUCAAAUAUGAUUGGUAGUGGCUCAGCCACUUCAUCCACCACUUCCCUCAGGACCUGCAAAUGCAUCUCAUCAGAUUCCACAGGCCUUUGCACCUUCAGGUCCCUUAGAUGUACUUGAACCUGAUCUUCUACAGUGCACAGCUCUUCAUUUCCCCAGGCCCUGCCUUUGCCUUCUGUGACCCAGCCAGUGUGGCUGGAGCACUUGUUGGUGAAAACCAGUGGAAAAAAAAGUGAGUAACACAGCCUUCUCUGUAACCUGAGUAACCAGGUCUAAUGUUUCCUUCCAGACAUGGCUCAUAGUUUCCCUAAUCUUUCUUUCCAAUCAGCCACAUAAGUAUGGAAGCUAUUAUUGGUGCCCUUCAUGUCCCUGACCAGAUUUAAUUCUAUCAGGGCUUUAGCUUUCCUCACCUCAUCCCUGUCUGCUUGGACGAUGCUGGAGAGAACAAUUUCUGUGUAUUCCUGUGUAUAUACACAAUUUCUGUGUAUACCAGACUACCUGUUCUUUCCUCCAUCCUCACUGACUUAUUUUUUGUGCUUGUUCAGGAGCUUCUUGUUCAUCCACGCAGGCUUCCUGGCUUUUUUACCUCAUUUCCUCUUUUUUUGGGAUGCAUUUCUCCCGAGUUUGGAGGAGACGAUCCUUGAGUAUCAACCAGCUUUCUUGGACCCCUCUUCUCUCCAGGGCUUUAUCCCAUGGUAUUCUACCAAGCAGAUCCCUUAAGAGCCAAAGUCUGCUCUGCUGAAGUCCAGGGCAGUGAUCUUGCAGUGCAGCCUCCUCACACUCGCACUCUGACCUUCAAAGGUUCUGGGUUCAGUCCAUGCUGCCAAAAGAACAAAAGUGAAGCUGCAUUCCACACCAUGGAGAAAAUGCUUGUGGGUAGUCUGUUCUAGCUCUCCCUGUGGAGCUGCAUGGCUGCUGAUGCAAUGCUGGGGAAAGCUUAAAAAUCUUUGGGGCUUAAUCAAUCUCCAUUGAAAGAGCCAGCAGAAAAUUCCCCUCCUCAAGGCCACAUUAAAUAAGGAAUUUACUAAGACUGGCUGUACAUGAGUUUAAGGGAGAAUCUUUAAUUUAAACUUGUUAUAUCACCCAAGCAAAACCUCUUUAACAAAUGAAGAAAGUCUGGUGAAAUUAAUGUGAAUGUUAAAUAUUCACUGCAUAUAUUCAAUUUCUCAUGCAGCAUGUAGCUGUGAGAACAGCUUUCUUCAGCCUGCAUUUGCUGUUAGAUGGAUUUUUUAACUUUUCAAUGGCUAUAACAGAAAAUUAAGAUAAAAUAUGAAAACUUUUUGAUAUUUUUGUGGGUACAAAACUUCAGAGCAGCUUGUAUGAAACUGUUCACCUACUUCUUGUCCUGUUUUGGCAAGAAUGGAAGCAGUGACCAGUUGUAUCCAGACAAAGAUCAGAAUAAUAAUUAAAAGAACUAUACCAUCAUGCUGAAGACAACCUCCAAAAAGGAAAAAAGGCUUUUCCCCCCUCCCUUAAUCUUAUGGUUCAUUAGAAUGUAAAAACAUUGUUCUGGAAAAUUUAUUUUUAAAAAAACUAUACUCUUCUCAAGGCAUCAGUUCUUGGCAUUCCUUCUUUUAAUGCAGAGUUCAGUGGAAUUUCAGAGGUAUUUUUUUAGGUCCCAGCACAAAAGCCAGGUAACAAAAACUGAGUACCCUGAACAAACCCACAGUUCUGCUAUGAGUGGAGAGAGCAUUCACCCCUUUAAAAAACUGCAAUGCAAAUAACCUCACACUAGUAAAAAUGUCUGAGAUAAAUGUAGGAAGAAAUGCCAGGCCCAUAUGAGUUGUCAGACAGGUGUUCCUUCUAAAAGCAAGGUAUUAAAAUGUCAGUCAGGAAUCCCAGUCAGAUGUAAGGGACGGGAACUUAGACACAAGUCCCAGAGCUGCUCUUGGCUUCACUCACAAUAUUCCAUUUUUCUAAGUAAGCUGGAGUAUUUGGUGGCAGGAUAUUGGAAAUACUUACACUUUACAGCAAAUGCACAGGACGCACAAUACCAUUUUACUUGCACAAUAAAGUUGCAGGUAAAAUGAUGAAUAUUUAAGAGAGAAAAAUGUUACAUAUUCUGACUUCUACUUAAGGAAAAGACUAAAAGUCCUGGAUUGAAAAUGUAUAUGCAUGUUAGCUAUAUAUUUAUAUAUAAGUGUGUACACACACACUUAAAAAAAGGAUUUGUGCAAACUUAAGUUCAAGAAUAGGGAAGAAAUCUGAAGAAAGUACCUUUUAAAAAUCUGAGUAGCAGAUCAAUAAAAUUUCAGUACAAACAUGGUUUAUUAUGUAACUAAGAUACAUGCAUUUAUAUGCUGUUUAAUGUAUUUUGUUAACUAUUUUUCAUAUAUGUCAUAUCUAAUGUACAUAUGCUUUAUGUAUUAUAUUUUAGUUACCAUAUUCUACAUUACAUAUUAAAGUCACUUGGAUUCAA